AUGCUUUGGCUCAAGCUCGUGCGGUGUGUUUUCGGCAAAAUUCUUUACUCGGCCGAUGGCACCCAGGGCAAUCUCAAGCAUAGUGUAGGCACGAAUGCCAUCCGCCAGAUUUCUUCCGAAAGAGAUGAGAGUGACAAGUCCGACGCCGACAGUGCCCGAUCCAAGAUGAAGGAUGGUGGCGAGAGAAACCAUAAUAACAGCAAGAACUACCAUAACCAGGUUGAUAACCAGAAGGAGCCAUUGUUGGGUAAUACCCAGGAGGUAGCUCGGCUGAUUUGA